AGACGGGCCGCGGAGAUCGGCGGCGCGGGGCGGGCCGGGCGCGGAGGCGAGGCCGGAGGGCAGCGCGGCGCAGCGCGGGCGGCCCGGCGGUCCCGCGGAGUCCCCAUGCCCCGACGGGGCGCCUCGCCCCGGGCGCAGUAGCCAUGGCCGCGGUCGCCGUCCUCCGCAACGACUCGCUCCAGGCUUUCCUCCAGGACCGCACCCCCAGCGCCUCCCCGGACGUGGCCAAGCACUCGCCGCUGGCCCUGCUGGCCGCCACCUGCAGCCGCAUCGGACAGCCGGGCGCCGCGCCCGCCGACUUCCUGCCGGUGCCCUACGAGCCGACGCUCGGAUCCCCCUCCAGGAUCUUCCACCCCUGGGGCGGCGAGAUGCCCGCGCACUCCCCGGGGGGGCUGCCGCCGCCGCACCCCAGCCUGGGGCUGACCCCGCAGAAGAGCCACCUGCAGCCCUCCUUCGGGGGGGGGCACGAGCUGCCCCUCACGCCUCCCGCCGACCCCUCCUACCCCUACGAGUUCUCCCCCGUCAAGAUGCUGCCCUCCUCCAUGGCCGCGCUGCCGUCCGCCUGCCCCCCCGCCUACGUCCCGUACGCCGCCCAGGCCGCGCUGCCGCCCGGCUACUCCAACCUGCUGCCGCCCGCGCAGCCCUGCCGCCAGCUCUCGCCCAACCCGCCGCCCGAGGACCUGCCCUGGUGGAGCAUCCCGCAGGCCGCCGCCCCUCCCGGCUGCGCCCACCGCUUUCCCGCCGCCGCCGCCGCCGCCGCCGCGCUGCCGCGGGGCCUGGUGCUGGGCCACUCGGACUUCGCGCAGUACCAGACGCAGAUCGCCGCCCUGCUGCAGACCAAGUCUCCCCUGGCGGCCACGGCCAGGAGGUGCCGCCGCUGCCGCUGCCCCAACUGCCAGGCGGCCGCGGGCAGCGCGCCGGAGGCGGAGCCGGGCAAGAAGAAGCAGCACGUCUGCCACAUCCCGGGCUGCGGCAAGGUGUACGGCAAGACCUCGCACCUGAAGGCGCACCUGCGCUGGCACACGGGCGAGCGGCCCUUCGUCUGCAACUGGCUCUUCUGCGGGAAGAGCUUCACCCGCUCCGACGAGCUGCAGCGGCACCUGCGGACUCACACGGGCGAGAAGCGCUUCGUCUGCCCCGAGUGCGGGAAGCGCUUCAUGCGCAGCGACCACCUGGCCAAGCACGUCAAGACGCACCAGAACAAGAAGCUGAAGGCGGCGGCCGACGCCGUCAAGCGGGAGGACGGCCGCGACCUGUGACCGCCGCGGGCGCCCGGCGGGGCGGCUCCGGGACUCGCGCCUCGAACGGCGAGCGGGAGCCCGGCCGAGGGAGCCCGGGGCUGCGGGGCAGGACGCUCGCAGGGCCUCGCGGCCGCCGUCCCGGGACGGGCGCUGCUCCUUCGGCCGUCGGGGCGGAAGCGGGGCGGCCCGCGGCCGCGCUCGGCGCUUUCAGGGGAAAAGACUGACGUUCCGUGUACAGGUUAUUUAACGGCUCUGUUUAAUACAAAUGUUUCCUCCCUCGUCCCGGCUCCGCGCGGGGCCCCAGCAUGUUUCUGUAAAGCGACCCGCGAUUGCAGCGUGAAAAUAAAUACGUUAACACUGGG